GUGUCUGAUGUAAUCUUCGAGGCGUGUAUGGAUCGUCUGGAGAAGUUCAGCUACCGCAACAACCACGAAGAUGCACUGCACGUGGAUGACGAAGCAGUGUGUGUUAUCUGCCAAGACGGUGACACAGAGGCCGGCAACGCUAUACUCUUCUGCGACUACUGUAACAUACCUGUAUGUAGCCCUGUAUGGAUGCGUGAACACCUUGACCACCAGAACACGCAUGUAUGA